UCUCAAUGUACUGAAACCAAAACCUCAUAUCGAUUAGAGGGGCCAUAAAGCAUCACCACCAGGACAGACAGGCUUUCCGCAACGUAGUCAAUUCUCUCGCCCGGCAGGAUGGCGCCGCCGACGGACCGCAAAGAGAUCCUGGAUGGCUUUCGAGAGCAGAUUAAGAAUGGCAAGCCCAUUGUCGGAGCGGGAGCAGGCAUUGGACUGAGUGCAAAGUUCAUCGAGGCCGGCGGAGGCGACAUGAUCAUCAUCUACAACUCGGGACGCUUCAGGAUGGCCGGUAGAGGCUCAUUAGCCGGCCUCAUGCCGUACAGCAACGCCAAUGAUGUCGUGGUAGAGAUGGCGGCCGAGGUCAUCCCGGUGGUCAAGCACACGCCAGUCAUAGCAGGCGUCUGCGGCACCGACCCCUUUAGAGACAUGCCGCGCUUUCUGAAGCAAUUGAAAGACCUGGGGUUUGCGGGGGUGCAGAACUUCCCCACGGUCGGCCUGAUUGAUGGCACAUUUCGCGCGAACUUGGAGGAGACGGACAUGGGGUAUGAUGUAGAGGUGGACAUGAUCAAGACGGCGAGCGAGAUGGGCCUGCUGACCACCCCUUACGUCUUCAACCCCGAAGAAGCAGUCAAGAUGACAGAGGCUGGGGCGGAUGUGCUCGUUGCUCACAUGGGCUUGACCUCGUCGGGGUCGAUAGGCGCGAAGUCGGGGAAAAGUCUGGAGGACUGUGUGAAGGAGAUUCAAGCAAUUCGAGAUGCCGCUGUCAAGGUGCGCGAGGACAUCAUCAUCCUGUGCCAUGGAGGCCCGAUUGCGAAGCCCGAGGACGCUACGUUUGUCCUCGAGCGGUGCAAAGGCGUGCAAGGCUUCUUCGGGGCGUCGAGCAUGGAGCGGCUGCCGGUGGAGGAGGCCAUCACGGGCAUCACCAAGAAAUUCAAGGGCAUUGCCAUGCGGUAAACGAGAUUCGAG